AUGUCACUCCAGAAGGUCCUGCAAAACCUCCAAACUGUGAAAAGAUGUCACCUCCCAAACCCAAACCCAAACCCAAACCCUGCCCUAGAUACGGAUCAUAAAAUUGCAAAAGCCAUCAUUUCCACAAUCUUAACCACCACCUGCCCUUACCAAACCAACCCAACCACCACCACCACUACUACCACCCUCCUCUCCAACCUCACACCCAGCAUAAUUAAACACAUACUCUCUGAUCCACAUCUCAAAGCCCCCAAAUGCCUCGACUUCUUUAAUUUCCUACUCACAAACCAAUCUUUAAUCUCAUUCGAGCCUGAUCUUGAAGCCCACCUAACCCUGGUUUUCAGGCUACUCAAGGCGAGGAAGUUCAGCGAUGCCGAGAAUCUGUUGAGGUCGCUGUCAAAUGAUGAAGAUCUCAGGUACCCAUUUUCUGUAAUAGCUUCUUUCGUUGAGAAUCACUGCGAUGAUUCAAAAAUUACAACUGAAAUAUUCAAUUUGAUGCUUAAAGUUUAUUCCGAUAAUCGAAAAUUCGAAGAGGCGUCUGAGGCUUUUGAUCAUAUGAGAAAGAAUGGAAUUGAGAUCAAUGAGAGAACUUGUACUGUUCAUUUGAUUGCACUUAUGAAAUGUGAUCUAGUGGGAUUAGGUCUAGAGUUCUUUUAUCGUAUGCUUCAAUCUGGUAUUGAGGUUUCAGUGUUUUCCUUGACUGUUGUGGUUGAUGGAUUGUGCAAGGGCGGCGAGAUCAAAAGGGCUAAGGAAUUGGUGGAGGAAAUGGAGGGUAGAGGUAUAAAACCCAAUAUUAUUACAUGUAAUACAUUGGUGGCUGCAUGUGCUAAAAGAUGGAAUUUUGAGGAGUUGCAUAUGAUCUUCAUGUUGAUGAAAAAAGCUGGAGUGGAAUUCAAUGUUGAGACAUACAAAUUUUUAAUUGACGGGUUAUCAAGCUCUGGGAAGAUUGAAGAGGCCGAAAGAAUGGUUAUAGAGAUGCAUGGCAAAGGUUUUAAAGUAGAUACUCAUAUGUACAACUUGAUUAUAAACGGGUGGUGCAGAUUAGGGAAUUUGGAGAAAGCAUUAUCGCUGUGCUUUACGAUGAAGGAUAGAAGUGUUUGCCCAAAUGCUUAUACGUAUUGGACCAUAAUUGGUAGUCUUUGUAAGGUUGGACAGCUAGAGACAGUGAAGGAACUUGUAGAUGAGAUGCUGAACAAGCGAAUUGAGUUGGACCAGGUUACAUUCAAUACUUUGAUUAAUGCUUAUUGUGAGGAAGGAAUGAUGGAUGAAGCCAUUGGGUUAUUAGCUCUAAUGGAGAAGAAAGGAAUUGUAGCCUGUGUAUCUGUGUAUGACAUGGUAAUUAGUGGGUUAUUUAAGUUCAAUCGGACUGAAGAGGCAAAGUGCCUGUUGAACAUUGUUGUCAAAAGGGGUCUGACCCUUAAUAUGUUGAGCUUCAGUCCUUUGUUUGAUACAGUAGGAUAUUGUGGAUACGAAGGUGCAGUUUCCAGAGAUCAAGAAAUGGGAGUGAGCCCCAGUAGUGCUGCUUAUUAUGAUCUUGUGGAUGAGCAGUUGGAACUGGAUACAUAG